AUGGACAGCUUUUUGUCAACGUUACUUAAUGUGUAAGAAUGAGGUGUUAUCAUCUAAAAAUGACAACAGAUUAUCUGGGUACAUGAAAAAUAAAAUAGGGUCCAGAUACCUACUGACAGGAUGAGGAAAGUGAUGCCAUUGUGCCAUUUUUCUAUAUGCAGGAGGUACCUUGUUCCACUGAUGGUUCUGGGCCUAAUUUCCAUUGGUCUUUUAAAUCUGCCUCUCUUCAAUACUAGUCCUAAACCUGUCAUGAUACUUGUGGAUUCCAGUCAUCGAGAGCGUGUCCAUUCCUAUGUAAGAAGUGUGUUGGCCAGAGAAUGCAGACCAUCAUUUGCAAGAAAGAAGAUUGAAGCUAUGUAUUCUAUUUCUUUACCAGUUGCAGAACCCUUUCUACAAAAGAACAGCAACUUAACAAAACUAAUGUUUAAGUAUCCUCCACCAUUUGGAUUUCUGGACCUCCACCACAAGUUGAAGAAAGUCCUGGACCUUCUACCCAUUUCCUUUUCAGAAAGAAAUGGAAAACAUGGUUGUCGCAAAUGUGUUGUAGUUGGUAAUGGAGGAAUACUCCGAGGUCUGGAGCUUGGGACUUUUCUGAAUCAGUUCAAUGUCAUCUUAAGAUUAAACAGUGGUCCAAUAAGGGAAUUCAGCAAAGAUGUGGGAAACCGCACCACCAUCAGGAUGAGUUAUCCUGAAGGCAGUCCAAAGACAUUGGAAGAUGUGGAUCCUCUGCUUAAAUUUGUAGUGGUUAUACAUAAAUCUGUGGACUUCAACUGGCUUCAAGCUAUGAUCACAAGAACAACAUUAUCACUUUGGGACAAGCUGUUUUUCUGGCAAAAGGUACCAGAGCACAUUCCUGUUGAUCCUUCUAAGUUCCAUUUACUGAAUCCAGAAAUCAUCAGAGAGACAGCCCUAGAUCUGCUCCACUACCCAAAACCUAGACAGCGACGAUGGGGCUGGGACCAGAAUAUCCCUACCUUAGGGGUCUCUGCUAUCAACUUGGCAACAUACUUGUGUGAUGAAGUCAGCUUAGCAGGCUUUGGCUACAAUCUCAGCCAGAAGGUGACACCACUACAUUACUAUGAUAACCUACCUAUGACUGCUAUGUUAAAGCAAACCAUGCAUAAUGUGGAUAUUGAGACAGUUUUUCUUCAGAGACUGGUAGCAGCAGGUAGCAUUUCAGAUCUUACAGGGGGUGUACACUGUAGUUUUUGUUAAAGCUAAAGCCAGGUGUUGCAGGAAAACAAUGUUAGAAAUACUGAUAAAAUGAGCUGUGUACAAUAGCUGAUGUGCAUAAAUAGAUACAGUACUAUUUAUUGUAAUGAUUAAUGUUAUAAACUGUUUUUUUUUCCAAAAGAUUUUCUUUGUUCUUUGCUGCUAAUUGGCUAAUUGUUGUUUUAAGUUAUAUUAAGGCUUAGUUUGAAAUGAUGAAGAAAAACUUUAAUCUGUGAUGGUUAAUUUUCCACCUUUUUACAUUUUUUUUUAUUUUAUCUAAUAAUAUUAGCAACUUGUUUAUACAAAAGAAUAAAAUGGUUUCAAUUGCAGUAAAAUCUGAUAUUAACUUGUAUUGCUUAUAUAGGAUGAUGAAUUACAAACCCCAGAGAUGUUUUGACAUUUUGUAAAAUGCAGUACAAAUAUAUGAUUUAUUUACUCCCUUGAUCCCUUUUUUAGCUGAGAAAGUUAAAAAGAUUUCAGAUGUUUUACUAAUCAACAUUUUGCAAAAAUAAGCAUGCUGCCAUGUGACACAUGCUGCACACUUAAAAAACUUAGGCCAGAUGCAUGUUUACCACUGUUGUUCCAGACCUUUCAUAUUAAUAACAGUUUUUAAUUGUUAAUUGUUUAACUAUGGGUAUUAGUAGUUUCAGUUUUCCAAGUGAAUUAGUCCAUUUUUGCUAAAUAAAAGACUUUUUCUGCUCAA